GAGUGCCAGUGAUGUUCCCUGGCUUCAAUAAAUCACCUGAGUUCAGGAUCCACGUGCUUCUGUGUGCAGUACCAGGGAAUGCCAUCUCUGGCAAUGGACUUCUGCCCUUUGGACUCAAAAACUCUGGUUUGAAAACCACUGCAGGUCAAGCAGUGGCACUGCCAUUGUUUGUAGGCUGUCACUCACUUCACAUUGCUUUGUCUCUGGACUGCAAGCUUUCCAGGCUAGGAACUUACUUUUUCUGUGUAUGAUGCUUAACACAGCAAGGACUUGAUUUCAGGUGUCAAUAUUUGAACCCCAACAACAAAUAUCAAUAACGAAUGAACACCAUGAUUGUCAUCUAGUGUCAGAAAGGAUUCUUCCAAGAAUCAACCACUGCAGAGACCUGAAUACAAUGGGACAGAGGAGGUGAAAGAUGCUUUCUCUCUCUCCUGUGACUCCAUCAUUUGCUUAUCUUUUCUACUAUUUUGUGAAGCAGGACAAAGUUGUUGGCCUGUCGUAACGUGCAUUUUCUUUUCAUAGCGAAUCCACUUGCAACCAAGUGCAGUAUUAAAGGUUGUAACCAUGCUUGCUCUCUCACAUGUGACUGUCUAAAUACGGACACAAGUAUUGUACCCACACUGUUCAUUCCAGAAAUCUGACAUUUCUCAAGAUGAGGCCAAAUGUGUUUACAGAUAGAUUUCUGAGUGUAUUCAAGCUGAAAGGUACUUCUCAUCUUUUGAAAUGUCAGACUGCUGCUCCAAGAAAAAUGAGUACAAGAGAUAGGGCCACUGUUGCACAGCUCCAUUUUUAAAUGAGCAAUAUCUGAUUGAAGAUUCCAGCAUUCAUACAGCUCAGUGUUUUGCUAUGAUAUAUUGUCUGUACUGGCAGAGUUUAGUUACUUGUGCCUGCUGAUUUUUCACUUUCAACCGAACUUCCACUGCAGUCCCAAAAUUCUGGAAUUCUUUACAAUCUUUCUAUCUAUUUCAACAUCUGUAAUACCACCUGAGGGGCUGUACCUUUUAAAAUGAUCCACUUAAUAAGCUAGAGGACACAGGUUUGCCAUAGAGCUGCUCUGUAUAUAGGUAAAGAAAAGCACAAGGAGAGCAUAAUGUUGUUAAUAGACUUGCUGUGAAACUGCAGUCAGCAGACUGCGUGUGGCAAGAGCAGGUUGGGAUCUGCAGCACUGAGAACAUCAGAAAAGUGAUGUUCUAAUGUCUCCUGCUUCAACUCCCAGUGCCUAUAGAUUCUGUAUCUCUAUAUCUAGCUCUGCAUCCCUUCUGUACUUCAUGUAUAAUAAAGUCCACAUGUAAUAGCUAAGCAAUCGUACCGUUCUCUUCACAUACCUUCUAUAUAUAUACUGGCCAGAGAUGCUUUAAAACAGGAGUCAUUGUUCAAAGUAUGGAAUGUGCCGCUUCACUUUCAACCUAGAUGAACUCAAAGAGUAUCCUUGGCUAUUUGCCUCAAAAGCAUUCAGAUAUGGAGAAUGCAUUCCUCCAGAAAAUUGAACAGAAGACUGGAACAUUAAAAAUGGUUUCUAAGUCACAUCUGUGUCACUUGGCUGUUACACAAAGCUGUUUGGUUAGUCUGGUAGCGCUGGAAUCAUGUUAGAGCCUGCUGCAAGAGAGCAGUGUGGACUUGAGCUUGUUGUAGAAGCUGUGAUUUAACCUCUGUCCCUGAGAGGAAAUGAUCUGGUCCACACGGAGCUCUGGAAUCACCUUGAUCCAGAUCUCUGCUAGAACAAGAAGAAUUUUGUUCAGUUUAAUAUUAUUCUGUGCAAAUUAAAGGUUAGAUUAUCUGUAACAGCAGCCAAGUUUAAAUAUGGCAGAACCUCUGUGAAGAACUGGGCAACCUAGCUAGUAAUGGAAGUGAAGCAGCUUGGAAAAUUGCCUGUAUUUUGUUUUGUUUUGUUUUGUUUUGAUGUUUAUCUUUUAGGUUUCCCUUUCUUUUAGUGAAGGAGUCUUUUGUCAGCACAUCACGUAUUACAAAUCUCAGUGCUCGACAUCAGCUGUUUUAUUUUCACUUGUCUCUUCAGACAAUUUCAUCAUGGUCUCUCUUUUUUUUUAUCCCCACAUGGCACCUCUGCGAGAACAAAUAUCGACACCAGAUCUGUUCUGCUCACAGGGAGAAAGGGAGCUAUAAUGACUUAAAUGACUUUUAAAUAAAGCAAGUACUGCUGCUUCAGAGAAGGACCGUUUUUGGUAAAUGAGGUGAGCUGAGGAUUUGAGCAAAUAAACAUUCUCACUGGACAUAUUUGGAAGGCCGUUUUGAAUAGAGAUGACGUGCUUGCAAAUCAUCCAGAUAAACUACUGUGUUUUUGAGAGACGUGAUGUCUCUCGAAUACUGCAGAGUAUCAGACCUGUAUUGCUUUGUUCGCAUCAAGUGCAUCAUCAUCAGAGGUGCCAGAUAGCAGGAAUACACAGCUGGAGGGACAGGAAGAACUUGGUGAGAGCAAGUGAACAGAAACAGAAGUGAACAGUAAAGCUUUGAAGGUCUGCUGUGCUUACUGGAAGACAUUUGAGAGAGGUGUGCUCUACAGUAAAGCCCAGCUGUUGUUCACGGUCUUAAUUCUGAAUCUGAAAAUUCCUGCCUCGGUGAGCUGGAUAACCACUUAUUUCUUCAAAGAGAUAAAGUGACAACAGCCUAACAACCUAAGCAGGGAACAUUACAAGCCUCCCCACAGUCUGGUCUCUACCCCUGCCUGAGCUGAAAUAGACUCCAUCUCCUGGGAGUGAUUCACAUAAAGGAGCACACAAGCAGCAGACAAUGCAUGCACCUACAGGUGGACUUUUCAUGAGAAACACUGUUCAGGAGCACAGCGCGUUUCGGUUUGCUGUGCAGUUAUACAACACAAACCAAAACACCACCGAAAAGCCCUUCCAUCUGAACUACCACGUAGAUCACUUGGACUCUUCCAACAGUUUUUCAGUGACAAAUGCUUUUUGCUCACAGUUUUCCAGAGGAGUUUAUGCCAUCUUUGGAUUCUAUGACCAGAUGUCAAUGAAUACACUGACGUCAUUUUGUGGAGCCCUUCACACGUCCUUCAUCACACCCAGCUUCCCAACAGACGCAGACGUGCAGUUUGUCAUCCAAAUGCGGCCAGCAUUAAAAGGAGCCAUCUUGAGUCUCUUGACCUAUUACAAGUGGGAAAAGUUUGUGUACCUCUAUGACACAGAACGGGGAUUUUCCAUUCUCCAGGCAAUUAUGGAAGCAGCAGUUCAAAACAACUGGCAAGUGACAGCCAGAUCUGUAGGAAGCAUAAAGGAUGUUCAAGAAUUCAGAAGAAUUAUAGAAGAAAUGGACAGACGACAAGAAAAAAGAUACUUAAUUGACUGUGAAGUAGACAGAAUAAACACCAUUUUGGAACAGGUUGUAAUCCUUGGCAAACAUUCUAGAGGCUAUCACUACAUGUUAGCAAACCUGGGUUUCACAGACAUCGUGCUGGAGAGAGUGAUGCACGGAGGUGCCAAUGUUACUGGAUUCCAGAUAGUUAAUAAUGAAAACCCAAUGGUUCAGCAGUUUCUACAGCGCUGGGUGAGGCUCGAUGAAAGAGAAUUCCCAGAAGCCAAAAACUCACCAUUAAAGUAUACAUCUGCCCUGACCCAUGAUGCAGUCCUAGUCAUAGCAGAGGCUUUCCGUUACCUCCGAAGGCAACGUGUGGAUGUCUCCAGGAGAGGUAGUGCUGGGGACUGCCUGGCCAACCCUGCAGUACCAUGGAGCCAAGGAAUUGAUAUAGAAAGAGCUCUGAAAAUGGUGCAAGUUCAAGGAAUGACAGGGAAUAUCCAGUUUGAUACUUACGGGCGGAGAACAAAUUACACAAUUGAUGUGUAUGAAAUGAAAGCUUCUGGAUCAAGAAAGGCUGGUUAUUGGAAUGAAUAUGAAAGAUUUGUGCCAACAUUAGAUCAGCUGCCUUCUAAUGACACUUCAUCUGUGGAGAACAGAACCAUAGUAGUCACUACCAUCCUGGAAUCACCAUAUGUAAUGUAUAAGAAAAACCAUGAACAACUAGAAGGGAAUGAGAGAUAUGAAGGAUAUUGUGUAGACUUAGCUUCUGAAAUAGCAAAACAUGUUGGAAUAAAAUACAAACUGUCAAUUGUUGGAGAUGGGAAAUAUGGAGCUAGGGACCCUGAGACUAAGAUAUGGAAUGGCAUGGUGGGUGAACUGGUCUAUGGGAGAGCAGAUAUAGCUGUUGCCCCCCUCACCAUAACAUUGGUGCGAGAAGAAGUCAUAGACUUUUCCAAGCCUUUUAUGAGCCUGGGAAUCUCCAUCAUGAUCAAGAAGCCUCAGAAAUCUAAACCGGGUGUAUUCUCUUUCCUGGAUCCUUUGGCUUAUGAAAUUUGGAUGUGUAUAGUCUUUGCUUACAUUGGCGUCAGCGUAGUUCUUUUCCUAGUCAGCAGAUUCAGCCCUUAUGAAUGGCACUUGGAAGACGGCAGUGAAGAACCACGUGACCCUCAGAAUCCUCCUGAUCCUCCCAAUGAGUUUGGAAUAUUUAACAGCCUUUGGUUUUCCCUGGGUGCCUUUAUGCAGCAAGGAUGCGAUAUUUCUCCAAGAUCUCUCUCAGGGCGAAUUGUUGGAGGAGUCUGGUGGUUCUUCACUCUCAUCAUUAUCUCUUCCUACACUGCUAAUCUUGCUGCCUUCCUUACGGUGGAAAGGAUGGUGUCUCCCAUAGAGAGCGCAGAGGAUCUGGCUAAACAAACCGAGAUAGCCUAUGGCACUUUGGAUUCAGGCUCAACCAAAGAAUUCUUUAGAAGAUCAAAAAUCGCCGUCUACGAGAAAAUGUGGUCUUACAUGAAGUCGGCCGAGCCCUCCGUGUUCACCAAAACCACGGCGGACGGGGUGGCGCGGGUGCGCAAGUCCAAGGGGAAGUUUGCCUUCCUGCUGGAGUCGACGAUGAACGAGUACAUCGAGCAGCGCAAGCCCUGCGACACCAUGAAAGUUGGAGGGAACCUGGAUUCCAAGGGCUACGGGGUAGCCACCCCCAAAGGCUCAGCAUUAAGAAAUGCUGUUAACCUGGCAGUAUUAAAACUGAAUGAGCAAGGCCUCUUGGACAAAUUGAAAAACAAAUGGUGGUACGACAAAGGAGAGUGCGGCAGCGGGGGAGGUGACUCCAAGGACAAGACCAGUGCUCUGAGCCUGAGCAAUGUGGCCGGGGUUUUCUAUAUUCUUGUCGGAGGCCUUGGGCUCGCCAUGAUGGUGGCUUUAAUCGAGUUUUGUUACAAGUCUCGGGCAGAGUCCAAGCGAAUGAAACUCACCAAGAACACCCAAAACUUUAAGCCUGCUCCCACCACCAAUACCCAGAAUUAUGCUACGUACAGAGAAGGCUACAACGUGUAUGGCACAGAAAGCGUGAAAAUCUAGGGAUCCUCGCUCUGACAGCGUGCAGGAGGAGAAGCAGCAGAGAAUGUGGCUACUCCAUGGAUUCGGACCACCUGAGCCAGUCGCACUCUAGCCGAGGUGUCAGGUAUGACACGCAUUGAUGAUGGUGCAAUGAACUUUUAAUAGGAAAAACUGAUUUUUUUCCUUCAGUGCCUUAUGGAAGACUCUGAGACUCACAACAAUGCAAACCAUCACUGAAAUAUUCUUGCUUUGCUUGAAAAAAGAAAAAGAAAAAAAGAAAAGGAAAGAGAAGAAAAGAAA